UAUCUCGUCAGUGUGUUUUUUGCAUCCACAAAAUUCAGUUAUCAAUUUGACAUCCUCUCUGGAAAAUCAUAAAACAAAUCUCAAAAUCAAAAUGAAAAUCGUCAUUGUUCUCGUUGCCGUCGUUGCCCUGGCCCUGGCUGCCCCUCUGGAUGACUCCAAGAACGCCCAGAUCCUGAAGUACGAGAACGACAACAUCGGCGUUGAUGGAUACAAGUUCGCUUUUGAAACCAGCGAUGGACAGUCCCGCCAGGAACAGGCUGAACUGAAGAAAUUGGCUGAUGAUGUUGAAGCUCUGGUUGUCCGUGGAUCAUACAGCUUCACUGCUGAUGAUGGUCAGGUCUACACCGUGAACUAUAUCGCUGAUGAGAACGGUUUCCAGCCAGAGGCCGCCCAUCUGCCCAAGGCUUAAGUGAUUGA